AUGCGACCUUGUGACAUCCAUCCCCACUCCUCGAGCACAUCACACAAGAGGUACAUGAAGAUCAAGCGUAAUCAACGACUGCACAGCUCUACCGCACGAUCUGACCCACCUCCCUCUCCAAUCACAGCUGACGAAGAUCAACCAUCAUUUCCCCCGCUUCUCGACUCAGGAACACAGUCAAUGGAUGCACUGCCCACCCCCUCCCUCCCUCUCGCACACAGCCCGUCUUCGCCAUCUUUUGGCAGUCAUGAGCCGAUAUCUGACCAACUCUAUUGUUCUGUGGACCAGCGAGAGAAAGAUCCUUCACGCACUGUGGAGCUGGAGGAACCGGAGAGUGAGACAGAGGAGAAUGAUGAAGUUGCCCCCUUACUAUCCAUGCUCUUGGGUGACGGUUGGUCUCAGACACCUUUCAUUGAUGACCUGGACCUUUACAGUGAAUAUCUUGCUGCCUGCGAACACGCCGAUGACCCUUUGGGGCCAAUGCAACUUCAUUUCGGUGACGAGGAGAUUGGUGUUCACACAGACGAUUAUGAGCUCAACUCUACCGAUGACGUGCAAGAGGAUGAGGAUACCCUUGGGCUUCUGUCAGAUAAUGCUUCGUCCUCACUACAUGCUAGUGCAACUUAUCCAUGGCCAUCUUUACCGAUGUACAUCACGGACUUAUUGUUCAGUUCACCUCGUCUCCGUUUUUCUGAUGCUCAGAAACGGGCAGUGAUCACAUGGGCGAAGGCACUCGGCGCUCCCAAUGUCCCCACCCUUUAUGGCUUGAAGAAAUGCCAUGAUCGCAUUUGUAACCAAGUCGGAAACCCGACUGAGAAGGUGAAAGCCAAUUCUGGCAAUAUUUUCUAUCUCAAUUCAAUCGCAAAAGCGAUCGCAAAGGACUACGCCAAUCCUCUCACACGCAUGUGUAUGCAGGAUUAUCCAGAAGAUGGUCAAGGCACUUAUCUCCCUGAUGGAGACGCUGUGCAUCCGGAGCCGGUGAUACUUGCUAUAGGCAAUCCAGUGGCAUUGACUGUGGCCGGUUUCAUUGUUGAUCCCGAACGAAUUAUUGUUGAGGUAUCAACAUUUGCUCGCACCUUUGAAGAAAUUGAAAAGCGUGAAUUUGAAUGUGGCUUUACGGAGUCCUCCCGAUCGUAUGCACAGCACAUGCCCAAUCCUCUUCGCAAGAAGUCAGGAGGGCGUCUUGUUCUGUCGGUGCCGCUCAUCAUCUUCAUUGAUGAUGUAUCCAGAAAUGUCUCGAAACAAUGGAACAAACAUCACGUUGUUUAUAUGUCAAAUGCUGCGAUGCCGCGUCAGAUGCUUGAAAAGGAGUUUUGCGUGAGGUUUGUGUCUUCGUCACCCCAUGCAUCACCUCUUGAACUCGCAAAGGGUGUCAAGGAUUCAAUAAUUGCCGCUGCUGAACAGGGCAUUAUAGCAUGGGAUUGCAAGUAUGAAGAAGAAAUCAUGCUCGUUCCUUAUGGCCUCUUCAAGGCUGGCGAUAACCCGAUGCAGGCAGAAGAGUGCAGUCACGGUGGUCUCAAGUGCAACAUGUUCUGUAGAACCUGCUAUGUCGGUGGGACGAUGGUUGAAAAAUCAACAGACGAAGGAUACUUGAAAAUCUUCGAGUCAGGGAGGCUGCGUGAGCCUGAUGACACUCGCAAAUAUAUUUAUGAUCAAAUCGCGCUAUCGAAGCUCUCCGGAGGGACUGAAAAGGUGAAGAAUGCAGUCACAUCUUCAGGGAUACGUGAUGCGGCCUCUGCAUCAAUUGUCAAUCAUCUCUUGGUACUCGGCAAAUCUUUGCGCAAACGGGAAGCUGGAAAACCUGCCCUCAAAGAAGAUGAAGUUCGUGCAACACUGGAAAAGGAAUUUGAAGACCUCCUUUGUGGUCGACCGCUUGAGGAGUUCAUCAACCCCCUGUUGGGAAUGCCCGGAGUUAACAUUCACAGAGAUACACCGACAGAAAUAUUGCACACUGUUCUUCUUGGCAUCGUCAAAUACUUCUGGGGCCAGACCGUUGUAGGGAUUCAUUUCUGGCUGGGCUUGUAG